AAGUCUUCCGGCGCAGUUGCAUGUAGUCCGGUUGCACUCGCGUCAGGCCUGUGUCGGUGCGUGGCGAUGCCACCGGAGCAUCCGGAGCCCACUGCGUUUCCCCGGCGGUGCACAACAAAGCGGCGCUGGAGAUAAAACUUCCCCAGCGAUGUCAGAGCCCCGAGCUGUCGCGCAACUUUAACCCGAGAAGAUGUCAGAUGUCACCAAAACCGUCCAGAAAUGGCACACGAGUUUUAAAAAGGGCACGGAUUUUGAUUCGUGGGGGCAGCUGGUGGAAGCCAUCGAUGAAUAUCAAAUACUGGCAAGGCAACUUCAGAAAGAAGUGCAGUCAUCAAACUCGCAUGAAUUCACCGAGGAACAGAAGAAAACCCUGGGAAAGCUUGCAACAUGCCUUGAAAUGCGAAGUGCAGCCUUACAGUGCACACAAUCUCAAGAGGAGUUCAAGUUAGAAGACCUGAAAAAACUGGAGCCCAUUAUUAAGAACAUUCUGACCUACAACAAAGAUUUCCCUUUUGAUGUCCAACCAGUGCCUUUGAGGAGGAUUCUUGCGCCGGGUGAGGAGGAGAACCUCGAGCUGGAGGAGGAGCUGGAUGCUGGGACUGGAGCAGGAUCAACUCCAUCAUUCCCUUCAAGGGUUCCAGGUACGCUGUUGCCACGAUUACCCUCGGAGCCAGGAAUGACUUUGCUCACGCUGACGAUAGAGAAGAUCGGUCUGAAAGAUGCAGGACAGUGCAUUGACCCGUACAUUACAGUCAGUGUUAAAGAUCUGAACGGAAUAGACUUGAACCCGGUUCAGGACACGCCAGUGGCCACGCACAAGGAGGACACGUAUAUUCAUUUUAGCGUGGAUGUAGAAAUCCAGAAACAUCUAGAAAAACUACCAAAAGGCACAGCUAUUUUCUUCGAAUUCAAACACUACAAACCCAAAAAAAGAUUCACUAGCACAAAGUGUUUUGCUUUCAUGGAAAUGGAUGAAAUCAGACCAGGUCCCAUUGUUAUAGAACUGUACAAGAAACCGACUGACUUCAAGAGGAAGAAACUCAACCUCCUGACAAAGAAACCUCUUUACCUGCACCUCAACCAGACUUUGCACAAAGACUAAACCAAGAUCCGUCAGCCAAACACUUGACGGACAGCAGAGGUUAUAUUUCUCGGAUAUGUUUGGCGCAUCACCUCUAACAUUCCUUGCAAUAUUGGACGCUUUUCUUCAUAUCUAAGUUUGGGACACAGCCUGAUUUCUCUGCGGUGCUUCAUCUGAAAGAGAAAUUAGUGUUAGAAAUGGAAACGAUUGAAAAAAACUGAAUUGUCAAUGAUGUUGAUUUCUGAUGGUAACAGAUGGAUGUAACACAACUUUCCAUUGGUUUUCGUAUUUUGAUUGCAUUAAAGAAACCAAUCGCCAUCAUCUUCCAAACCUGUAUGCUGUUAUUAUUGGAUGGAAAUACUCUUUUUCAUGAAAUGUAAUCAGAAAAAAAAAGACAAAGCACCAUUAAACAUCAUAAAAAUAAUUUAUUUUAUGUUUUUACAUUUUCAUAACCCAUUUGUAGACUUAAUAUUAAACUCUUGUUCAGUGAAAAUCGCCAAUAUGUAAUGUAAUUAAUUGGCCAUUUCAUUCUUAAAGCCAAUUGAAUCUGAAUAUAUAACUUUUUUUUUUGUAUGCAUAUAUACUGUGGGGAAAAACAGCAUACAAAUUUGGAAUAACAGGAGGUGAGUAAAUAUCGACAGAAAAUUAACUUUUAAAUGAACUAUUCCUUUAUAAAUGUUUAACAGACAAGUUUAUUGCUUUUAUCCAGUAUGCAUUGCUUCCUAAUGCUAUUAAAAUGAAGUACAUGAAAACCUAUAAGAACAACACUAAAAACAUCUCAAAUAUAUAUAUUAAAACAUUUUAAAACGA